UGACGGGAGGGGAAGGGCUGGUGACUUGGUCAGAGCCUGGAAAUCGCUGGCCCCGCAGACUGGAAAGACGUAUAUCCGACUGUCGAGCUUCUUCUGUCCAUGGGUUUUUAAAGGGGUUGGGGUUCAGUCAUGCCUCAACGCGGGCCUCAGCUCACGGAAUGGUCCUCCUUUAAAAAUGUUAAUCUAAUUGCUGUCUAGUUUUACAUGUGGAGUUAUGGGUGUUCUAAUCAAUGAAAGCCACGCCCUGGCCUCCCCACCCCAACGUUACGUCGGAUAUAAAUCAAUGUAAACAGCCCAGGGAAAGCGCCGUGGGCUGGAAUUUCCAGGGUCUUUGAGGCCAGAGACAGGCGCAAUUCAAAUACGAGCAAUUUUGGGCGUGAGUUACGCCGCAAGUACAAUACAACUCAUAACUUUCCCCCCCGCCGCCCCAUUCCAACUCUGAUCCCUCUUCCACUGCUCCAACCCAACUCAAUGCCACCUUCAGGAACACUGUCUUCUCUCUCCUGGGUAUUCAGAAACCUUCAGAUAUGAACGUUAACUUUAGUAACUUCAGACUUCAACAUCUCGUCGGCUUUUUCGCAAGGGGUACCGUUUGGUGGACUGGGGCUUCGAUUGUAAAGUCUUCCAUUAGAACUUGGCUCUGCUGGGGUUUCACCAUUCAGAUAACCUAGCUGCUGUUGACCAUAUCCUGCUGGUUCUUUCUGGCAAAGGAGGAGUUGGGAAAAGUACCAUAACAACAGAGUUAGCGCUUGCACUGAGAAAUGCAGGGAAAAGGGUUGGAAUUCUGGACAUUGAUUUGUGUGGCCCCAGCAUCCCUCGGAUGCUGAAUGUUCUGAAUAGCGCUGUACAUCAAUGCGAUGCUGGUUGGGUACCAGUUUAUGUAGACAAAGAUAAAACAAUGUGCUUGAUGUCAAUAGGCUUUCUCUUGGAGACUCCAGAUGAUGCUGUGAUAUGGAGAGGGCCAAAGAAAACAGCUCUUAUCAAGCAGUUCAUUUCCGAUGUGGCCUGGGGAGAGCUCGACUAUCUCAUUGUAGACACUCCACCUGGGACCUCGGAUGAACACAUCUCGGUGGUGGAGGGCCUUCGUCGAUAUGAACCUGAUGGAGCUCUGUUGGUUACAACACCUCAGGCAGUGUCUAUAGGAGACGUAAGAAGAGAAUUGACAUUCUGCAAGAAAACUGGGUUACCAGUGGUGGGAAUAAUUGAAAACAUGAGUGGCUUUGUUUGCCCUAACUGUUCAGAAUGCACUAAUGUAUUUUCCAGAGGAGGGGGAGAAGCACUUGCUGAGCAGUCUGGAGUUCCAUUUUUAGGGCAUGUUCCUCUAGAUCCUCAGCUGUCUCAUAGCCUGGAAGAAGGCCGAAAUUUCAUCCAAGCCUUUCCAAAGAGUGCAACUUUUGAUGCCAUUAAUAACAUAGUGGAGAAGAUUUUAAGUAAUGACAGUGAAUCCUCUGCACUUCAAACAUGAGAUCAUUCCUUGUGUACUCAUUGAACUGCUGGGGUGGGGGAUUGCAGAAUAGAAGCAUAAGAAACCCCUCUUGGAAUGCAAGAAUACAAUAAUCAAUGUUUCUUCCAGAAAUGGACACACUUGAAAACUGGACCAAUAAUGCCUUUUGCUAUACCUACAGAAAUGUGCAAUUAAAAAUAAACUAUUUGUACCCAGUUAUUUUUGUGAAUGUGCUAGAACACCGACAACAUGUGCUUAAAAUGUAGAAAAUUUGCAGUAUUAGACAUUCUAUUCUAGGUGUCAAUUUUGGUGAACCAAUCUCAACAAUGCUGCAUGAAGAGCAGCUGAUUUAGGAGGUCACCCUGCUCUUAAUAGUUAUAAGUCCUUGAGGUGGAAUACUUUGCAGAACAGUGCUCCAUCAAGCAGCCUAACUAAGCAGAUCCUUUAUGGAGCAUAAUGACUACAUUUUAGGAAUUGAAAGCACAGCCUCCUGGUUAGAUAUCAGUCCUAGGUAUGAGAUUACAUUUAAUAUUGCAAUAAUUGCUGAAACCAAGCUCUCACUGGAAACUAUGUAAAAAUAGUUCAUUGUGUGGUUGUGUAUAUACCUCUGCUUAUUAAGAAUGCCACCUGAAUCUGGGGUAUUCACUUUUGUUAAGGAUUAUCAUGUUAUAUAAACUUCAAUAUCCAUUGCAAUAAUUAAAGCCAAAGUGAUUUGCUUCAGAAA